AUGUCUGGCCUCGCGCUGCACCCUUUGCAAUCGCCUUCGGCACCAUCUAACUCCGAUGCACCCAUACAUACUCUUCCGGCCGAGCUGCUUGUCAUGAUAUUCGUCGUGAUUGCGGAUAACAUCAUCGACAUAGGACGGACGAAAGCCCCGCCAUGCAUGUUUCUCAGCCAUGUAUGCGGACGGUGGAGAACUGUCGCUCUCGCGUGCCAGGAGCUCUGGUCAACCUUCCUCCCUCGCAAGAGUGUGAAGUGGACGGAAGACUGCCUCGGACGUUGUCCCUCGAUACCACUGGAAGUCAGCAUCGACAUGAACUACGCGUGGGUCGAUGGUAGUAUCGAAGCAACUGCGCUAGUCAUGCAACACUGGGCGCGCAUCAGUAAUCUGCGCGUGAGACCCGCCAUUUACCCCUCGGAUACAAAUGCUGAAGAGCUGUCCGAAGGCUCUCAAGCCAUUCUGGAAACCUUGUUCGGGUUCCUCGCUCGCCCUACCGAGUGUUUGGAAGCACUAGAACUCGAUAUGAGUUGUGACUUUGGGGUUGUGAAUGAGAAUUGGAUCCCAGUUGCGCUGCCACAGCACCUCUUCGGGUCCCUACCUCCUCCACGGCUUCAUCGGCUUAAGCUUACGCUCUGUCGCCUACCAGCGACGCCCCCACUUCAAUUGUUCGCGCCUAGCCUGCGCUCACUGGAACUCGUAAACGCCAAAGCAUGGCCUGAUAUUGAUACCAUGGUCGCCUAUCUUCAAACGGUGCCGUUGCUGGAAAGUUUGACCUACCAAUUCUGGCUCGAAAGCGACGACAACUUUGAUUGUCGUCCGUCUCGCAACCAUCGGGCCCGUUGCGUGCAUCUACCCAACCUGAGGAAACUCUACCUCAAUGGAUUAUGGACUCAAAACAUCGCUAUAUUCAGCUACAUUGCCAUACCCUCCCGUUGUGAUCUUGCAUCCGACUACCACGCUUUGGUCCCUAUCGACGAUUCUUCGUCAGUCGCGACAGUCAUGCGUUUGAUCACAAUAUACAACCAGGCUUUGACUGAGCACCUCGCCCCCGCGAUAUCAAACGGCGCCUUCUACUCCUACGUCGAGAUCUCGGACUAUGGGGUCGACGCAGAGCUCGAAACGGAGACCAGACUCGAGCAGAUCAAGAGGCAAAAGAUGUUGCUGCCCCCCGAGCUCAAAGGCUACUUUUGUCUCCCUUUAACUGAGGUUGACAUUAUCGUCCAAGCAGCCUUCCGAACGUUCCUCACACAACCCAUCUUGACAAACGCGGAUCGACUAGCCUUUAACGCUGAGGCAUGGAGGCACUGCCCUGAUGCGUUCGAUCGAUACUCCGCCGUUCGCGAGGUCCUCCUAGAAGAGUGCGAAGGAAUGACUGCGUUCACAUCCGCCCUCCGACUGAGAGGCGCUUCGCUUUUCCCAAACCUUAGGCGUAUCGUCUUGCACAGAUUGAGCACAGAUCAGGCGCUAUCGGAUUCAUCGGUCAAAUUGGCAGAGGCCAUACGGGAUACCCACGUCGCCGAUGGCUCUUUCGAGCGCAUCGAGCUCGAGCACUGCGACCACGUCACUGAGAGCGUGGACAAUGCGAUGAUAGCUGUGCUCGGAGCUAAUCGCGUCGUGCGGAAUCAGCCUCUGAUGGACAAGAUGGAUCAGACGUGA